AUGGACAGCACCAACAAGCUCGCCUGCGACUACCUGUGCAUUGGCGCGGGCACGGCCACGAUGUCCUUUGUCGACUCGAUGCUGACCCUCUCCACCGACUCGACGUCCUUCGUGAUUGUCAACAAGCAGCCGGCGCCGGGCGGGCACUGGAACGUGGCGUACCCGUUUGUCACUCUGCAUCAGCCUUCGGGAGCAUACGGCGUCUGCUCUGAGCCGCUCGGCAAGUUCAAGGGACGGCGCGAGUUCCUGAGCCCGACGGACCUCGCCACGGGCUCUGAGGUCCUCGAGUACUACAGCCGCGUCAUGGCCAAGUUCGUCGCGACAGGGCGGGUGCGCUUCUACCCCUCCGUGACCUAUGACUUUGACACGCGCUCCUUCACCGACGCUGAGGGCCAGGUCAAGACCGUUUGCUUCACCACGCUCGUGACGCCCGAGUCCUACGUGACCGUGCCGUCGAUGCGGCCGCCGCCCUUCCCAGUCGAGGAGGGCGCCGCGACCAUCAAGCCAGUCAAUGCCCUCCCGACCGAGGAGGCGAGCCGGUACGUCGUGCUCGGCUGCGGCAAGACGGGCACCGACGCCGUGCUGCACCUGCUGCGCCGCGGCGUCGACCAGCGGCAAAUCUCGUGGGUGGUUCCUCGCAACACCUGGUACUUACUGCGCGAGAAGAUCUGGAGCCCGGCCAGUGGGAGCAUUCUGCCGUUCAAGUUGGCCUUCACAAACGCGCUACUGCGGAGCGACUCCAUCCUGGGCGCGUUCAAGGCUCUCGAGCGCGCCGGCUACCUCGGCCGCCUCACUCUCGACCACGAGCCUGUGCAGUGCAGGGGCGCGCUGAUCACGACCGCCGAUCUGCACUUGCUUCGCACGGUGCAGGACGUAGUCCGGCUCGGGCGCGUCACCGCCGUCCGCCCCAACCGCCUCGAGCUCGAGAAGGGGACGAUGCCGCUCGAGCCAGGCUCGCUGCUCGUCGACUGCACCGCCUGCGGCACGGGAGGCUACACUGCCAACUACGACGUCUGGUCGCCAGGACACAUCCGCUUGAGCUCAAAUCUCACGCUAUUUAACCCGUCGCAUUCAUCGGCGCUCGUCGCCUACAUCGAGACCACCUCGACAGACGCCGCCGCAAAGAACAAGUUCAUCGCGCACUCAGCGGCGUCGCCGCUGUUAGUCGUUGACGGGUCGCCGAACUUCCACGGGCACCUCUCGCAGCUUGUGCAGGGCGUCUACUCUGAGCUCAAGACCAUGCGCGCCAUCCAGGCGCACGGGAAGAAGAGCUUCAACUUCUACUUCGCGGCGCGCACCAACUACGUCGCACCGUGCCACGUCCCGCUCCGCAAGACGCUCUGGGUCAUGUUCGGCCCCGCCCGGCUCGACAAGAAGGCAACGAGGCUCAUGCGCAAGAUUGAGCGCGUCGGCUUCGAGGACAUGCCGCCCGUCGACCCGCGACCGCGCAAGGCGGCGGCCUCACCUGCCCGGAUGGUGGCGUAGAAUGUGGCACGCGGGGCGGCUCGCCUCCUCCGCUCGCCGAUCGCGAGAAGAUGGAAGUGAGCGAGCCGGCCAUUGCGCCUGGGCAGGGCGCUCCUGCAUGGACUUGCAUGGCCGCAAGGCAUGAGACGGCGGUGAGAUUUUCUUUUCUUUCGAUCAUCCGAGCUGUGUGUAUCAAUUAAAGGAGCGCGGCCGGCAGCGGAGAACCGAAAUUAUUGUGCAUAGCCUACGUAAUGAGGCAGAGUACCUACUUAGGGGCUACGUAAAGC